UUUUUAUUAAUUUGGCUGCUCUUAAUGUCCAUUUCAGUUCUUUCUCCCAGCUGGUAUUGCUUAAUGUUUUCAAGAAUAAAAGCCCUACCAAAACUUCUCUGAAGUGUUAAUUUUCUUCAAUCUCCUCUGAUAUGUCCCCAGAGCCACUUCUGCUACUAUCUUUGAAUAACUACAUAAACAUUCUGAGUAACUUUCUGAAACUUGCAUUUCAUAGCUGAUUUUCUGAAUAAUAUCAGUUCCUCAGGAAGAAUUGUACCUGCAAUCACUGGUAAAUGAUAAUUAGCAUCAAGGACAUUAGAUCACGCGCUUAAGAUGCCCCGUUUAUAUUGGUGUUGUGAUAAUCUCUUGCCACACGUGCGUGCUGUGACUAUGAGAGCUGCAACCAAUGACCCAUACCAAAACAGUAUUAGGUAAGGAGCUCUCCGUUUGAGAUAGAUGUCUCUUCACUAAAAGGAAUUGAGCAUAUCUUAGGAUAUGGAGUAGGAAGUGUUAUAUAGAGAAAAUUGUUCCUCAGUGGUUAGGACACAAUCACUGACCCUACAGGCAAGAGAGAGCUUUUCUGUGGGAACCAGAGGUAGAACUCCCGCUUGUCCACCUAAUUCACAAUAGCCCUCUUCUUUCCUCCCAGUCAUGGCCCUGUACGGAGUCUCUUCUCUCGAACCUAGCUAAUUUAAUAGAAAUUACAAAACUGACUAUUACCUCAGGCUGCAUGCAUUUGAAAAGCAAUAACAUAAUGUGCCCAGCUACGCGGGGACUCAUUUUAUGUCAGACCGACUCUGGAAUGACAUGACAAUGUGGAUCAGUAGAUUUGGGAGCAUCUCAGAUAAUCGUUUUAUCCUGUGGGAGCAGGGUGAGUUUCAGCGAGUCUGAAAUUACGUGUGUUCACUCCCUCUAACAAGGAGGAAAGCCCCUCUUUCUGAGUGAGGGCAGCAAUUCUCAGCAUUCCUCACUGUUCGCGGGUCCGGAUGCAGAACACCCUUCCCUACGGUCUCGAGAACGCUGGGAACUACAUUACCCGGAAGGACCGGUGCUCAGAUGAGCCAAUCAAAGAUCAGGGUGAAGGCAUUUCCGUGCGAAUUGACCUCCUCGGGGCGGCACUUCCGGUGUCCUCGAGGAGGCGACUAUUUUGGCCGUUCUGGCUUUGUUCUGGUUCCGCACCGCUGUGUCACAUAUCGAGGUGACGAGACCAAGAAGGCGCGAGAGGCGGCGCCGUCCGCUUGACUCUGAGGCUCGGCGACGCCGCCCGGAGCCCCGCGCCAGGCCCGGGCCAGGGAGCGCCGCACCCGGCGCCUCGUCUCCCGCCGCUCCCGGCCCCGCUCCGCCCCCGAGGCCGAUGGCGGCGGCCGCGCGGAGGGAGCCGGCUCAGGACAGUGUCACUUUUGGAGACGUUGCUGUGUACUUCUCCUGGGAGGAGUGGAGGCUCCUUGGUGAAGCUCAGAGGGACUUGUACCACGAUGUGAUGCUGGAGAACUUUGCGCUCAUAUCCUCACUGGAUUGCUGGAGUGCAACAGAGGAUGCGAAGGCUCCCUUUGAACACAGCAUUUCUGUAGGUGUGUCACAGGCCACGACUCCCAAGACAGGUCUGAUUUCACAGAAUACCCACACCUGUGAGUCAUGUAGUCUGGUCUUCAGAGAUAUUUUUCAAUUGGCUGACCACCAGGGAACACAACACAGUCAGAAUACGUUUGCGUGUGAGGUGUGUACAAAACUAUUUUAUUUCAGUGCAAACCUCCAAAAAUACCAGAAGCAGCACAUCAGAGAGAAGCCCUUCAGAAGCAGUAUGGACAUGGCCUUGCUUGUGAAGAGCUGCAGAUUCCAUUUGUCAGAGAAUCCCUUUACCCACGAGGAAGUUGAGAAGGACUUUGUGGCCACCUCUGGAUAUCUCCACCAAUAUGCCACUCACAACACUGAGAAGCCAACCAAAAUCACCCAGUGUAGGGCCACUUUACAAAGCAGGAAAGGUCAUUUCACCUGGGGAGAGUGCAAGAAAUCUUUUGGUCCCAAACACACACUUGUUCAGGUCCAGGGUGUCCACAGUGGAAGACAGUGUUUUGUGUGCCGUGAAUGUGGGAAAGCAUUCAGGUACAAAUCCUCAUUUGUUGUUCACCAGAGAGUCCACACUGGAAGAAGGCUUUAUGUGUGUGGAGAAUGUGGCAAAUCUUUUAGGCGAACCUCAACCUUCAGUCAGCAUAAAAAAAUUCAUUCUGGAGCGAGGCAGUGCAAGUGCAGCAAAUGUGGACAAUCCUUUAACCGAAAAUCUGUCCUCAUUUAUCCCUGGAGAAGCUACUCUGGAGAAAAUUACUUGUGCAGUGAAUGUGCACAGUCUUUUUGCCAUAGAUCUAUCCUUAUUCGACAACGAACAGUUCACACAGGAAAAAGGCAUUAUGAGUGCACUCAGUGUGGGAAAUCUUUUCAACGGAAAUUUUAUCUCAUUGUACACUGGAGAGUUCACACUGGAAAAAACGCUUAUGAAUGCAGCGAUUGUGGGAAAUCUUUUACCAACAGCUCGGUACUCAUUCUCCAUCAGAGAGUACACAUGGGGGAAAGGCCUUUUCAGUGUGGUAAAUGUGGGAAAUCUUUUAACAACAGCUCGAUACUGAUUCUACACCAGAGAGUACACACAGGGAAAAGGCCUUAUGAGUGCAGUGAAUGUUGGAAAUCUUUUAGCCAUCCAUCUUACCUCACUCAACACCAGAGAGUACAUAGUGAACAAAGGUCUUAUGAAUGUAGUCAGUGUGGGAAGUCUUUUCUCUCUCCUCCUGGCCUCCGUUGUCAUCAGAGAAUUCACACUAAACAAAGGCCUUAUGAGUGCAAUGAAUGCGGGAAGUGCUUUAUCUCUGUCUCCCAACUCCAUUCUCAUCAGAGAGUUCAUACUGGAGAAAGGCCUCAUCGGUGCAGUGAAUGUGGGAAAUCUUUUUCAUCUGGUUCCAACCUCAGUGAUCAUCAGAGAGUUCACACAGGAGAAAGGCCUUAUGAAUGCAGUCAAUGUGGGAAAUCUUUUAUCCAAAGAUGUCAUCUUGUUAGACACCAGCGAGUUCACACAAGAGAGAGGCCUUAUGAGUGCAGUGAAUGUGGGAAAUCUUUCACCACCAUGAGGACCCUCAGUUAUCAUCAUAAGAAAGUUCACACAGGAGAAAGGCCUUAUGAGUGCAGCGAAUUUAGGAAAUCUUUUCCAUCUCAUACCAACCUCAGUAAUCAUCAGAGAGUUCACAAAGGAGAAAGGCCUUAUGAGUGCAGUGACUGUGGAAAAUCUUUUAUCCAAAAAUCCAGUCUUGUUGUACACCAGCGAGUUCACACAGGAGAGAGGCCAUAUGAGUGCAGUGAAUGUGGGAAAUCUUUUAGCAUUAGGAGCACCCUUCGUGAUCAUCAGAGAGUUCACACUGGAGAAAGGCCUUAUGAGUGCAGUGAAUGUGGAAAAUCCUUUAGAGGAUAUUCUCAUCUUAUUCAACACUGGAGAGUUCAUACUGGAGAAAAGCCUUAUAGAUGUAGUGAAUGUGGCAAAUCUUAUACUAAUAGCUCAACACUUAUUCGACACUGGAGAAUUCACACAGGAGAAAGGCCUUAUAAGUGCAGUGACUGUGGGAAAUCCUUCAGGAAUAGUUCACAUUUCAAUGACCACCUGAGAGUUCACUCUGGAGAAAGGGAUUACGAGUGCAGUGAAUGUGGGAAAUUGUUUAGGGAUCCUUCCCAACUCAAAAAGCAUUGGAGAGUUCACACUGGAGAAAGACCUUUUGAGUGUAGUGAAUGUGGGAAAUCAUAUACCAAUAGCUCGACACUUACUCAACACCGGAGAAUUCACACUGGAGAAAGGCCUUAUAAGUGCAGUGAAUGUGGGAAAUCUUUCAUGAGUAGUUCACAUUGCAAUAAACACCAGAGAGUUCACACUGGAGAAAGGCCUUAUGAGUGCACUGAAUGUGGGAAGUCAUUUAGGGAUAGUUCCCAAUUUAGUAAACACCAGAGAGUCCACACUGGGUAAAGGCCUUAUGAGUAUAGUGAAUGUGGAAAAUGUUUUGCCUUUAGCUUGAGACUCAACACCAGAGAGUUCAUACUAGAGUAAGGGUUUGUGAGCGCACCCAAUGUGGGAAAUCUUUAACCCAAAGCUCUGCACUCUGUCAACAUGAGAGACUUGACACUGGAUCAAGUUCUUAGGAGCCAAGCAAAUGUGGAAAAUUCUUUAGCUAUGUUUACUCCACAUCGAUUGUUGAUGCUGCAUCAAGCCUAAUGAGUGCAGGGAAUGUCAAAAAUGAUUUCCUAAAACUCGGCUCUCAUUUACCACUGGAGAAUUCACAAUGUAGAAAGUCCUUAUGCUGUACCAAAUGUGGUGAAUCAUUUUUAUUUUUUUCCUUUUUUCUCCCAAAACUCCCUGUUACAUAGUUGUGUAUUUUUAGUUGUGGGUCCUUCUAGUUGUGGCAUGCAGGACGCCACCUCAGCAUGACUUGAUGAGCGGUGCCUUGUCUGCACCCAGGAUCCAAACUGGCAAAACCCUGGGCUGCUGAAGCAGAGCAUGUGAACUUAACCACUGGGCCACGGAGCCAGCCCCGGUGAAUCAUUUCUAAUUUGGCCUUUUUACCACCUUUUUGUGCUAUUUCACUGUUGUUUUAAUUGCAUUUCCCUAAGGAUUCCUGAUGAGCAGUUUUUCAGAUGUUCGUUUGCUGCCUAUAUGUUUGUGAUAAAAUGUCUGCUGAUAUCUUUUUCUUAUUCCUCUAUGAACUUUGGCUGUUUCCCUUUUCUUUGACAAAUAGGACUGAAGCAACAAAGAUGUGUGUUGGAAUUUUACUCAUUCUCAAAUACACGAGUGACUUCCUUUUAUAAUGGAAUAACUUUCAGUACUGGAAGAAUAUAUCCUAAUUUUCUUCAAAAUUUUUUAUGCUUUGCACAAUGUAAUGGACACAUACAUCAUACUUUUUAAAUACUAAUUUGUGUUAAUACAUUCCCCAUCUGUUUCUUAAGUCCAGACAUUCAGUAAUACAAUAAAGUCUUGCCUUGUGGUGUUUGCCCA